AUGGCUUCCAUCAUGACCUUGCCAACGCAGAAGCAUUUAUCAUCUAUUGAUGCUGUCUUUGGCAAUGAUGACCUUGUCACUGAGAUUCUACUGCGUGUGCCUGCAAAAGCGGUCCUGCAACUCAAGUUAGUUUCCAAGAAAUGGCUUUCUAUAAUCUCCCCCACGAGUUUUGCUAUCCUCCAUACCCGCCGCAAUCCUCAUGCCGUCUCUGCUCUUCUUCUCAAUUUUUCCUCAUUUUUCAAGGAACCAUCUAAGCACAAAUAUGUUUCUCUUGAUGGGAAAUCAUUAGUCUACUUGUCCUAUGAUUUUCUUGAUUUUGACCCCAACAACCGAGGGUGUUUCAGUACAUAUGUUUCUCAGUCAUGUAAUGGCUUGCUUCUGUGUCCUAAAUGGAGAUGGUGUUCAACAGAGAGGUCUCAACCAACAGAUUAUAUAUUCAAUCCUACCACAAGACAAUUCGCAUUGCUGCCACUACCACCUAACGAUGGAAAAUAUUUUACUCGGAUUCAGUUGGUGUUUGAUCCUUUGGAAUCGCCUCGUUAUCGGGUUGUUUGCAUUCAGUUCUUUAAUUCAGAGCUUAAAAUUUAUGUGUACUCAUCUGAGACCAAGGGUUGGAAGCUUUCUGUGAAGCUUGAAAAUUUUAAUCUUUUAUCUGUCAACUUUACUGAUGGUGUCUCUUGGAAUGGUGCUGUUCAUUGGAUGAGUCCUAUGGGGAAUGGUUUAAGUUUCUUGCUUGAUAUGGAAUGCCUUCAGACAAUUCCAAGGCCCCCACUUCCUGAGAAGUGGCAGGAUAAAAAUUUCAGGUACUUCGGGGAGUCUGGCGGGCAAUUGCAUUUUAUUGGGAUUCUAGCAGGAAACCAAAAACCUGAUGAUUUGAACAUGGGUAUUGUCUCCCCUGAUAUGUCUCAUGACCAAAGUACUGAUCAAUCCAUAGUAGUUUAUUCCAUGGAGAGAGGCUGCUCAAAAUGGUUUGCUAAGUACUGUCUCCAUAUGAAUGCCAUUGUAAUGGCAUACCCUGAGAUAACAGGAGAUAAAGAUCCUACAGCCUCACCAUUUUCGACCGAGAAAUGGUUUGAUUUACUGUCGUUUAUCGAGGGGAACGAUGAAGAAGGGGCAUUGCUGGUGCUGAGAAUCUCUGGUGAGAUCAUAUCUUACAGCUUCAAGAACAACAUAUUGAAGAAGAUUUUGAGUUUUCCCCUUAAGCAUGCUACCUGCUAUGCUUUCAACUACACUGAGACAUUAUCUUGUGUUUAA